AUGUCUACAUUACGUCAAGGUCUCGAACAGGUCUUCUCGGCAACCGAUCGUCGAGAAAGCCGCCGGUCUACCAGCAGCAAUACAGACUCUCUGGCCCUCAGCGAUCGAAGUGAAAAUUUCAGCUCUGAUUCCUCUGGACGCCGUCGUCCAUCACCACAACGUCGUCCCUAUUCGGAUCAGAUCCACCCACGUCGCAAAUUUGACGUAGACACAAUCGCCGAAGAUCCUACCCAACGGUCCGGGCCGACAUCUGAGCCUCCUUCUCCUACACCGCGCCUUCGCGCCCAUGCUAUCAAUGUCGCUGGCGGUGCGUCGCCGGCCUCUUCGCCGGGCACAGAGACGCGUUCCCGCCGGCGAGGGACUUCUUCAGAUGGCGACGGAAAGCACUCAUCAGCACCUAGCGACGAAAGACCUCGGCCUGGCCGUUCUCGGUCUCGCACAAAAUCGGGCGGCUCGUGGAUUGAGAGACUGAAGCAAUCGUCAAACAAGUCUGGAGACUCGUCGCCUAAAUCAUCUGGCAAGGUCUCGCCUAAAACCAUCGUUCCUCUGCAGCCGCCAAGAUUGGUGUCGAGCUCUGUCGAUACAUCAGACCAUCACAAUGUUCGAGUCGAAAAGUCAUUCACGUCGUUACAAGCCACUGGGAACGAGCGGACUGAGGUAAGCGAGAAAGAGCCACAGUCGAGACGGACCUCGUGGGACCCCCUGCGCUUCUUCUCGGCAUAUGUUCAGUUGGCCAAACGCCUAAGUCUCCCAAGGCGUUCAUCAAAGCCAGCAAAUGGGGCAACUGUACAGUCACGAGGACAUCCGCAAGAGAUUCAGAUGCCGGAUCACAAGACUGCACAUGUACUGAAGAAGAACCGGACGUCUGAAGCUCUUCGUCGCGUCACUUCAAUUCUUCGAGAAGCUCAAGGCGUCUCUGGUAAUGUGUCUUCACCUUCACUGGUCGGUGUUCAACGAGUCAAAAGCGUAUCUGGACAGUCGACCUCAUCUAAAGCCUCUAGUGCUUUCUGGAAGAAGACCACGAGAUCGCGGAAGCAUGUGCCCAUAACUACUACUGACAGUGGCCAGACUUCCGCGCCUGCUGUAUCAUCCUACACCUCCAGUCAGGUUGCUCUACGGAUGGGAGCUCAGCCUAACAACACGCCGGAUGAGCGCGCAACUUACAAGAUCAAACGCAGUCCUAGCGCCGAGUCUGAAGAAUUUCUCAAGAUUGAUAUCAGCGUACGUGGCGGCACGAGCUAUCUGCCGAGUGAAGCUCGCAGGAUUCACACACCACCUCUGCCACAGGAUGGUCCAGAUGGGCGGAAACGAGGCUUCUUCUUCGACUAUAAUGCACCUCGGGCAUCUUCCGCCAGCCCACGCGAUGCCAUUGAUCCGAGCUCUGUUCCAUCUCGCAGCACAAGUCGGAAGGACACAGCCGGCAAGCGGAUGUUCCUCGCAAAUGGCAGAGUCGUGACGAAGAAAAGGGCCAGUGAUUGGUACGAGGCUGCACUAGCUCGGUUAGAGGACCCAGAAGACGAUUACCUCGCGGAGGAAGAGUCUACAGCCCUUCGCUUGGGCUCCGAGACUGCGCGUGAGCGUGGCGACACUGUGAGCAGUCUCUCGGAGGCUCGAAAGCCCGACGAGGAGGCCAAGCGCAAGUCGAGGACGAGUGCGCGUGGCACCGUCGCAGAAGCGCUCCGGCAUCGACCAUGCGCGUCACCGAUCAUGAACCAAACUGCCCUCGAGCCCACAGCGAAACACAGCCAGCAAGCAAUAGUAGAACUUAAGCACACGUCGCCAAUAUUGACCACAGCCUGGAGGGAAUAUAAUGGCAAGCACGCUUCUCAAAAGCGCCGGGCUUGCAAUGAGUGCCGUCAGCAGAAAUUGAAAUGCGACCUUGCCAAUGAUCAGAAUGUAUCGAUCGAGAUGUGUGCCAGGUGCGCUAAACUCGGCUUGCUAUGUAAGGUGGAUGAGACGUUUCAGCGCACGCGAAAGCGCAAGCGGUCCCACGACUUUCAAGAAGAGAUAGCUGAUCUCAAGCGCAAGCUCUCAAUCUACCAGGAUCGGCACGAUCUUCCGCAGUCCACGCCUAGCUAUGCGCCGGGCGACGAGACACCUGACCGCUCUGCGCCAGGUAGGAUAUCUGCAAGUCCUAUAGCUUCCAAGACCGUGGGACACGAGACGAAGAGGACGCCGAGCCUGGUGAAUAACGGACUACUGCCUCCAUCUGAGCUGAGCGGCACCUCUCCAGAUCUACGCAACGGACAUCACUCGUCAGACGCGAUUGCAACUCGCCCGCACGAGCAUGAGCUUGAGGCACCCACAAAUACGGCUACAGCGUCGGCUUCGAGACCUCGAAGCCUGGGUAACGGGGUCGUUACUCUGUCCCAGUCAGCCAUUGAGGAGCUCUAUUCUACGUACUUCGAGCUCUAUCAUCCCACUUUACCUAUCCUCGAUCCCGAGAUUCCCGCGCAGCGUUGUUGCGAUGUCUCGCCGUUGCUGUUCUGGAGUAUCAUGUCGAUAGCCGUGCGACGGUCGUGGAAGCAUUCGCAACUGCUUCCCACCAUGGCGCAACCAGUCAUGGACCUUCUGUGGAAAGCAAUUCGCUCUGUGCCUCAUUCGCCGGUCCUCAUUGAAAGCCUUCUAUUGCUAUGUACCUGGCCAUUCCCAACAAGCAGCUCUGCAACUGACCCUAGCUACAUCCUCUCGCACACUGCUGUAGCGGCGGCGGUGCAAAUGGGCUUGCAUAGACCGCAGCACCAGCAAGACUUCACCAAAUAUCGACUGAACCUGAGUCAAAAAGACAUGAACACCCGGGUUACACUGUGGGCAGCGUGCAAUAUAGUGGCUCAUGGAACAAGUCUUGUCAUCGGCGUCCAGAGCCAAGCCCAAGACUGGUCCUCCCUGACAGGGCUACUUUCCGGAACCGAAACGGCCUUGCCAAAGAUCAUCCAGCAGAUCUUACAGACGGAGCUUUACCGUGAUAAAGUCACCUCAGCUUUGGCGGACAAUUCAUCUAGCGGCCAGUCGGCCAAGCACAUGCAGGAGCGAAUACCAUUGUACGGCCUCCUAGAAAAAGACUGGAACCUGCUGUCUGCCAUGCUAGACGUGGAAAGCGUUCUUAUCCGCUACCACGUACUUGCUGCUCGUCUGCAUCUACAUGCAUUUUUCCUUUUCGACGACCCUACAACCGAGGACUACGACCGUCGCAUAUUGACUCUCAUAGCCUCCGCAUCUGCCCUGAUACAACACAUACUCUCUGCUGAGUCAAAAGAGCCGCCCUUCAUGCCAUACUGCUCUUUCUAUGCUUAUCAGAGUUUGCCACUGGCAGGCUUCAUCUUGCUGAAGGUGGUCAGGAGCGAGUACUUUGCUCAGCUCAUAGGCUCAGAGCUCGCAACCGCCCGACAUCUGCUCGAAGCCUGCAUCCGGCUGAUGCGAGUCAUGUCCGUCAGCGACAAUGAUCUAGCGCUGCGUUUGAGCGACGUACUAGCAUACCUGUACAACCACAACAACCCACGCGUGGUCUGCGCGGAAGGAAGACACGCUCUGCAGCUGAACAUUCAGUCCCGUCUGUCGAUGAGUAUUGUCUUUGAUUCUCUUUGGCGCUGGCGAGAUCAGUUCAGGACCUCGAAUAUGAAUCAGGAUGGGACCAGUGCAUUUGCUAAUGAUGUCGACUUCCAAGCUGCGAUGCAAGAUCUGCCAGCACUGUUCCAGCUCGACGAUCCAGAGGGCUUCCCUACCGACGAUCUGUACUUUGACUGGUUCCGAUAA